UUGGGGGAGGGAGCUGCGUUGAGCUGAGCUGCUGCUGCCCUCGUCUAUACGCGUACUGCGUACUCUACCUAGUCUACUAUGAUACCUACCUCUUCCUCCCACCACAACAACAAACCCAACACUACCUCUGGCAACACAACACAGCACAACGCAAAAAUCCAUCCACCGCUUCCACCGCCUAGGUCUCGGACUCUCACCCCCAGCAAUAGCAGGCCACUCUACUCGCACACAGCCGGCCAAUUAUCGCUCUCCAGACCCCCCGGAUCAGCAACGCAGCCACGCCACACCACCCACUCACUCACUCACUCAGCUCUCGCACCCCAACGCGGACAAACCCGCUUCUUCUUCCUCUUUCUCCCCGCCACUCUAGCUCCUCAAUGCUCAAUGCUCAACCCACCAUUCUACUCUACACCCCCUCUUGUUCCCGCAUGCGGAGCCACCACUACUGCCACCACUGUCACCAUUGUCACCACAACCACCACCACCAGGCCAUCCACCACAGCAGCAGCCCCCAAGGCCCUUCGUUCCUUCCUUCACUCGCUAUGGAUGGAGCACAACACACACAACACACACACCAACACCAACACCAACAUCAAUACUAGCGCCAGCACACACACGCCCGUCCCGCCUCUCUUCCGUCCUCUCAACAGGGCCAAGACUAGGACUAGGUAGCCGUACAAGGACCAACCAGCCAACCAGCUAACCAACAAUACGGGCACUAACCACAAACGCAUAGCCCUUCCGCCCUUGCCAGCAAGCCAGCAAGGCCUCUCUCCCC